AUGAGAUUCUUCUCUAUCGGAAUAGCGACAUUUCUUCUUUUUUCGCUUGUCGUGGCCUCCAACUGGACCCCAGAAGACUACGAAAUCUUCUCUCUAAAUGACAAAAUUAAGAAAGAUUUGGGUUCAGACAUCACCUUCUAUUCGUGGCUAGGUUUGGAAAAUGGCCCCAAGGCUACACUCAAGGAGAUCUCCAAGGCCUAUAGAAAGAAGUCUAGAGCCUUGCAUCCUGAUAAAUACGGCAGUGCUUCUCAACGAUUCCAAAGAUUGUCUCUUGUAGGAAACAUUUUAAGAGACCAAUCGUUGAAGAAAAGAUACGACUAUUUCUUGGACAAGGGAUUCCCCAAGUGGAGGGGAACUGGUUAUUUAUACUCAAAGUUCCGUCCAGGUUUUUUGCUUACUAUUGCCAUUGUCUUCGUCCUUGUAGGGGGAUUCCAUUUCGUAGCACUCAGAAUCAGUAGAAAUCAGGAUUUCAAGAGAAUUUCAGAAAUGAAGGAGCAAAUGAAGGUCCAGGCUUGGGGUGGAUCACAGAUUCCACCAACUGACGGAAGCGACAGAAAGGUCAUCAACGAAGCCAAUGGUAGAGCUUUCAGAGUUAAAAAUGAUGGAAGAGUGUAUUUGAUUGACAUUGAUUCCAACGAAGAUGUGAUGGAAAUCGAUGAACACUCCAUCAACCGCUAUCCUGGCUUCAAAGAUUCUUUGUUCUUUAAAGUUCCUGCGUACUUGUGGAAUAAGUCGGUUGCAAGA